UCCAUCAGCAGUGUCUGCGACGAAUUUUGCGGAUCGGCUGGGGCGCCAGAGUUGCAGACACGGAAGUGUUGCGCCGAAGUGGGAUGUAUGCAGUGGACUGCAUACUUUUAUUGAGACACCUGAGAUGGCUCGGUCAUGUGAGCCGUAUGGAUUCGACGCGGAUACCGAAACAACUCUUAUACGGUCAGCUGAGUAUUGGGAAGCGGCACGUGGGGAAACCAAAGUUACGUUACCAGGACAUGAUUAAAGUGAGCCUCACACGUUCUAAUCUUGAUUGCAGAUCAUGGGAAUCGAAGGCGGUUGAUCGGCGUGCAUGGCGCGAUCUAAUCACGAAGGCAGUUGCUGAAGUGCGGGAGAAAUCCCUCAUGCAUGCAGAGAAGAAGCGGCAGUUGCGGAAGCGGCAAGCACCGAUGGAUUGUACUCCAUCGACAUCGAGCGCAUGGUGCUGUAAAACAUGCGGUCGCGAGUGCCUUAGUCAGGCAGGCCUAGUGAGCCAUGAGAGAGGUCACUCGGGACCACUGCCGAAGCGACGACGGGUCCCGCAGUGAACAUAGGCAGCACCGGCGCAGCGUUUGUAGGCACGCUGAAUUCGAUUUACUAACCGCACGGUUGCAUGCUAAGUCUCUUUAUUUCAGGUGGUGGGUUUACAGUUUGUGCAUUAAUGCUUUUCUUUCUC